AUGAUACCAGAAGCUGUACAAAUUUUCUUUGAUAUGUGCUCCGAACCUGACAUCGAUGGCUAUGAGGCUGACACUAGCUUGUGUGUGUCAGAGAACUGGUCAGAGCGCUCUGACACACCUUUCUUGAGCUCAUCGGAUGAUCUUCUCCUCGACCCUGCAUACUGGAAGGCAAACCCAGAGAAGGAGUCUCUAAUGAGACAGCGCAUCUUUGGUCAAGUCACUACUACUGUCCUUGCUCCCGUUUGUGAUUUGGAGAGCAUUACAGAGCCCGAAAGCGAACCGGACGCACAUAACCUCACACCAAAAGCCCCACCUGCUGUCCUUGCACCCAUCUGUGAUUCGGAUAGCAUUACGGAGCCCGAAAGCGAACCGGAUGCACCUACAACAGCCCCACCUACUGUCCUUGCACCCGUCUGUGAUUCAGAUAGCAUUACGGAGCCUGAAAGCGAACCGGACGCACCUACAACAGCCCCACCUACUGUCCUUGCUCCUGUCUGUGAUUCAGAUAGCAUUACGGAGCCUGAAAGCGAACCGGACACACCUACAACAGCCCCACCUACUGUCCUUGCUCCUGUCUGUGAUUCGGAUAGCAUUACGGAGCCCGAAAGCGAACCGGACGCACCUACAACAGCCCCACCUACUGUCCUUGCACCCAUCUGUGAUUCGGAUAGCAUUACGGAGCCCGAAAGCGAACCGGACGCACAUAACCUCGAACCAACUGUCGCAACUCCAGUACACAAGCCUAUCUUCGCAACACCAAGUCCUCCCCCCCCUACGUCAAUCUAUUGGAAGUAUGUGUCGAAGGAGGAAGAUGCUGCGUGGUAUGACCGAUCAGGGAAUGAUGACAGGUUUCGUGCUGUUCGUGAGAUCAAGCGAGAGCUUCAAGCUCUCUGCGAUAGUAAGUAG